UUUACGGAAGUCGAGGGGAAACCGUCAACGGACGCUUUUCUGCUCAUUCCUUGUUUGUUUUUUUUCAUUUGUAAAAUCUUAAAUUGACCUUUUUUUGUGUACUUUUCUAUAGUUUUCGACGCUCACGCUGACCGCAAUGUGGGACCACGAGAUCCGAGCCAUGGCGAGCACCCACGCCAUCAUCGCCGCGUCGGUGAUCGUGGCGACCGUGGUGCCCGCUGCUCUCCGACCGGGCUUCUCGGUGUAUGGAACCCACCUUCUGUGGCUCUACUCGGUGUCCGGGGCGGUCACCUCGGUCAGUGUCGCCAUCUUCUGGCUGCUCGGCAUCUCCCCGCCGACCAAGAAGCACACACUGGGAUACAAGCUGUCAAGGUUGUUCCGUUCCUGUUUGUACUUCUUCCUGUCCUGCUUGUUCUUCCACGCAGUCGUGGUUCUCUACGGCGCCCCGCUGAUCGAAUCGGCGGUGGAAACUUUCUCUCUGGCCGUGCUGCUGUCCUCCCUCACCACCCUGAGGUGUCUCUGCGUCCUCGGCCCCAACGUCCAGGCCUGGAUCAGAGUGUUCAGUCGCCACGGGGCCAUGUCCGUGUGGGACACCUGUCUCCAGAUCACUGUGGCCCUUACGGUGGUGGGAGCUUGGGUGGGAGCCUUCCCGAUUCCUCUGGACUGGGACAGGCCUUGGCAGGAGUUGGUACCGUAUUGGUUCAAAUGUGAACAUUACCAGUAG